CCCGCGCGCACUCAAAAUGAGAGAGGGAACGCAGGCCUGUACCUUCCACUGCAUUGCCAAGAAAAGUUGUCGCGGAGUAUAGCGUUUAUUAUAAUAACUCUAUGGUUGACUCCAGGCCUCACGGAGCUCCAAAUUUGUAACAAAAUACGAGCGUUUACUUCUCUCGCUAUCAAAAAACCGUGCAAGAACCCCAAACCAAAAAAGAAGCAUAGUUUGAAGGCUAAUCUCGAUCCAAAGCAAUCCAAAGUCGACUUGUUAAAAUGGCGGAAGACAGUCGUUCCUCGGAUGCUCCAACGAAAGAUGACAUGUCCUUCCAGUCGGAGGGAAACAACAACGCAACCAAAUCUUACAGUUCAUCGGAAAGAAGCAGAAAUCGAGAAAAUUCUGACUCGAUGAUGGAGGGAGCGCUAGAAAUUGGAGAACACUACAUGGUCCGCCGCUGCGACGAAACUUGGCACCCCGCGGAAAUUAUUCAAGUUCGGCCCUGCGACCAAGAUGUCGGAAAAUGGGAGUACUACGUUCACUACGAGGGCUACAACCGUCGCCUGGACGAGUGGGUGGACAGAGACCGCUUCAACCUGUCUUCGUCGCAAAAGGAGGAAAUGAAGAACCCGAUGACGCAGGGUGACUGCAUCGAGCAGUCCGACAGGAAGAUCACCAGAAACCAGAAGAGGCGCCACGACGAGAUCAACCAUAUCCAGAAGACGUACGCUGAAAUGGACCCCACAACAGCAGCAUUGGAGAAGGAGCACGAAGCUAUAACAAAGGUGAAGUACGUCGACCGGAUCCAGUUCGGCAAGUACGAGAUCGACGCCUGGUACUUCUCCCCGUUUCCGGAGGAGUAUGGCAAGGUACCCAAACUUUGGAUGUGCGAGUACUGCCUCAAGUAUAUGAAACUCGAGAAGACCUACCGCUACCACAUGAGCGAGUGCACAUGGAGACAGCCUCCUGGGAAGGAGAUCUACAGGAGAGGGACCGUCUCGCUUUGGGAGGUUGAUGGCCGGGAACACAAGAUCUACUGCCAGAACCUGUGCCUGCUGGCCAAGCUGUUCCUGGACCACAAGACGCUGUACUUCGACGUGGAGCCCUUCCUGCUGUAUGUGCUGUGUGAGGUGGACAAGCAGGGCUCCCACCUGGUGGGCUAUUUCUCCAAAGAGAAGGACUCCCCAGAUGGGAACAACGUCGCCUGCAUCCUCACCCUGCCCCCAUACCAGCGCAAGGGCUACGGCAAGUUCCUCAUCGCCUUCAGCUACGAACUGUCCAAGAUGGAAGGCACAGUGGGCUCUCCUGAAAAGCCACUCUCCGACUUGGGCAAGCUGAGCUAUCGGAGCUACUGGUCCUGGGUGCUGCUGGAAAUCCUCAGGGACUUCAGGGGCACGCUCUCCAUCAAGGAUCUCAGCCAGAUGACAAGCAUCACGCAGAACGACAUAGUGACAACGCUGCAGAGCCUUAACAUGGUCAAGUACUGGAAGGGGCAGCACGUCAUCUGCGUGACCCCCAAACUGGUCGAAGAGCACUUGCGGAGCGCCCAGUACAAGAAGCCCCGCCUCUCAGUGGACAUCUCCUGCCUCCGCUGGACCCCGCCCAAGAAGCGGCCCAAGCCGGGCAAGAAGCUCUAAAAAGCAUGCUUUGCAAGACUAUUCUCAUUGGGCUCCUCUGUUGUCUGUCUACUGCGGUUGCGGCGAAGGAUUCUUGAGAUGGCCGCCCAACUAGACUCGCUACGAUACAAAAGUUUUUAGCGACGUGGAGGUGUUUGGCAUGGUGCAUUUAAGAAGCCACUUUUCAACGUUUACUGCUUGGCCUUAUAGUGUGGUACAGUUGUGGACAACGUAAGCUGAAAUGACCGAAAGAUAUUGGCGACGCUGCCUUGACGCGAGAAGCUAAACUAGUAACAAGAGAGAGGACGGGGACGGUGGUGCAGUGGUCACGGCUAUCUUACUCGGCCCGUUCCUCUUCCAUGUUACAGGUGUGCUAUGGUGCGACUCGUCUCUACUCUUUGCUACUGCCUACCGCCACGCUUGUUGUCGUCUGUGCCGGCAAAAUCAUAUUCCAAUGCCCGAAGGGGCAAAAACGAAGACUCAUACAAUAGGGCGCACUAGUGGCACGUGGGCAACAAAAGCACACAGAUCUCGUGCGUGACCGGGCCUAGCCGGAUAACAUAUGCCACUGCAAUCUCGACUGCAUGCUUUCUCUCGAUUGCCAAUUCAACUCCUUGCGUUGGGGCGGCACCACUGGUAUCUUUUGGUCGUUGCUUGGUCACUUCGACUUAUUUUGCCCACGACCGUACAUGCAGCAUUCUAGUUUUGCAGAACCGUGUACAACACGGGAGAGAUUUGCAGGUGCAAGUUGGGUCUCAUUCUGAUUAAUAUGAACCGUUUUGAAAGGCUGUUUGAACUGCAUGACUGGGAAUGUGUCAAGUGCUGAUGAAUAGACACUAAAGCAGGAAUGGAUCAAGAAAAAUGGGCACAGUAGGCCAGCACAUUAGAGGGAAUGUUGAAUCUUCCUUUGGAAAUGAUUUUCCCACGUGUUUUUCGUGCCACUCUUCCAAUGUGAAUUUCAAUCCCAAUAUUGCCGAGAAGAGUCUGUUUCGAAAAGAUAUACACAUUAUACUUCAGAAAUUUUAUCCCAGAUAUUGUUCUACUUUCGUCAACAAAUAGUAUUUUGUUUGCAACAUGCCAAAAGUAGGAACUCUUCCACCUGUUGUAACGGAUGCCUAUCAAAAUGUGCUCCAGAUUCAAUUUAACCUUAGGGUAGUUCCAUUACAAGAAAUCGGGAUUCCAACAUUUCUGUCCAACCAAAGCGAUGCAAAUCUUGUUUUGCCCCCUCCUAUCAUGUUAAGCCCAUUUCCAAAACUGCUUUAUAUGGUAUUAGGCUUUCCCAGUGUUCCUAACUGAAGUUUUGUGUUUGCAUUGUGUAAUAGCAUCGUCAUCGAUGGCACCACAAGUAUUUGUGGAACCACGCAGUUGUAUAUAGUCACAUAAAGUAUCUUCGGAAUAAAAUGUAGUACUGCCGCGUUA